GAUGCGAGGAGGAAACAAUACGAAUGGAAACGGUAGCGGAAACGAUAAGAAUGUACAAGAUGAUGUUCAACAUGAUAAUUCAAACCUACUCAAUAGCGAUACAACAGACGGUCAAGAUGGCAGCAAUACAAUCAAAGGAAUAGAUGGACUUCAUGGGGCUUCUUCUGCAACGCCUCAAUCAAGUGCUCGUUGGAACGCUUUACGUCAAAGAUUACGUGAGAAUGCAGCCAAAAAAGGAAAAGGGACUAUAAAUCGAAAAGCAAGAGUGGUAGGACAAAUGAGCGUUGUGACUGAAAUGCAAACUGGAAUCUUGCCUGUUUUUAUGAUAAAGAUGUCAAUGGAACGCGAUGAACAAGGCCAUCGUCGUAUUCCAGUCCUGUUGAAUCAUUUACACCUUCGAAUUAGCGAUAGUGUAAAUCCUUUGCACACGUCCUCAGCCGUUUUUCGAAUCGAACUGGAGUACGGAGACGGCUUGAUCAGAUGGGUUUGUUAUAGAUCUUUGAGGGAUUUUAUCAAUCUACACACUCAUUAUCGUGCUGCAGCUAUCAAAGGAUAUUUGGGUCGUCCCGUCGGUUCUACAGAAGGAGAUGUUGGCGUGCCUAGCUUUCCAAAAACCAGUUUACCAUAUUUCACACAACUUCAACGUCAAGGAUGGGGAAAGGGAGCAGGAGACAACGGGAAGGCACGUUUUGCACAAGCUCAAAGAUCAGCCCUAGAAGACUAUCUGAUCGAAAUUAUUAAAAGGACAAUGUUCAGACCUGAAGCAAAUCGGCUAUGUAAGUUUUUUGAGUUAAGUACAUUAUCCAUCACUUUGGCAUCCAGAGGAGGUUAUCAAGGUAAACAAGGAUAUUUGCGCAUCCUAUCAAGAUCGUCAAGGAAAGAUGCACAAGGGAGUUUACUUACUCCGGUUACGUGGAUCAAAGCUCAUGAACCGAAAUGGUGCAUCGUACGUGAAUCGUAUAUCGCAAUCGUGGAUCAACCGGACUCCACACAAGUUUUUGACGUAUUUUUGCUAGAUAAUCAAUUUGAGAUUGAGAGGCCAAAGAGACUUUAUCGGCAAACGCUACAUUUAGCACAAGAUUUUGGUCAUGGCAACUCAAAUGAAACAAGUAAAUCACAACAAAAAGAAAUCCCUUCGCAUUCAGCGGCACUGGAUGGAAAAGACGAAACUGCAAUCCUGACCGAAGGCCAUUUUCGUGAUCCGGGCGAUGACGAAUAUUCGGGUAGUCAUCGAAGCAAAGCUGAUGCAAAAGUAUCAAGUCAUACGUUUCACAUUAAAAACGCCGAAAGGAAGUUGAAAUUGGUAGCAAACAAUGAACGUCAAAUGAAUCAGUUCAUCGCAAGUAUGGAAAGAGUUGCACGAAGAAACAUUUUUGGCAGGAAGAAUAGAUUUGAUAGUUUCGCGCCUAUUCGCCUUAAUUGCAAUGCUCGUUGGAUCGUUGAUGGAAGAGAUUAUUAUUGGCAGGUCAGCCGUGCAUUAUCAAGGGCGAAAGAUUGCGUUUAUAUCCAUGAUUGGUGGUUGAGUCCCGAAUUAUAUCUGAGAAGACCCGGAUCGCCAAAGUAUAGACUUGACAAUGUCUUGAAGCGCAAAGCGGAGGAAGGCGUUAAAGUCUUUGUGAUUGUCUAUAAUGAAGUCUCGAAUAAUUUCACGCCAACAGAUUCCAAUUAUACGAAGCAACGCUUGAUCGGGCUACAUCCAAACAUCUUUGUUCAACGAUCUCCAAGCCAUUUCCAGACAGGAACUUUCUACUGGGCUCACCAUGAAAAGCUUUGCGUGAUCGAUGAAACUAUUGCUUUUAUGGGCGGCUUAGAUCUUUGUUUCGGUCGAUGGGAUACAUCUUCACACGUUUUGACAGAUAAUCAUCUUAUGGAAAAUGAAGAUGCGAAAGGAUCAUCUCCUCAACCGGUAGGAUCAAUGGCGCAUUCAGCAAAUUUGAUGGGCCCCGGAGCUGAAGGAAGGGAAUUUUACGUUUGGCCAGGUCAAGAUUUCGCAAACGAACGUGUAGUAGAGUGGCAUGAUUUGACGAAGCCAGAAGUAGAUCUUUUCGAUCGUGAACAUUUCCCGCGAAUGCCGUGGCACGAUAUUGGUCUUCAGCUUAUCGGUCAACCAGCGAGAGAUCUAUGUCGUCAUUUUACACAAAGAUGGAAUCUCUUACUUCGGAUCAAGAAUCAUAAACGCUUGAUGCCUUUUCUCAUUCCGCCUUCAGACUUUUCUCCGUCUGAUUUGAAAAAGUUCGAUUUGACGGGAACUUGUGAAGCGCAAAUUUGUAGAUCUGCCGGUCCAUGGAGUAUGGGAACAGCCAAUACCGUUGAGCAUAGUAUUCAAAACGCUUAUCUGAAAUCGAUUCAAAUGAGCGAUCAUUUCGUUUAUAUCGAAAAUCAAUUCUUUGUGACGAGUACGGAAGCACGCGGAACGGUAAUCGAAAAUAUGAUUGGUGAAGCUUUGGUCAGUCGUAUAAUUCGCGCAGAAAGAGAAAAGACGUCAUGGAAAGCAAUUAUUGUCAUUCCCCUCAUCCCUGGCUUUCCCAUGCCAAUCGAUCAUCCAGAUGCAUCCUCUGUUCGAUUGAUUGUUGAUUUACAGUAUCGAUCAAUCUCUCGCGGUGAAGAUAGCAUAUUCAGCAAAUUACGCAGACGUGGUAUCGAUCCGGAGCAAUAUAUAUCCUUCUUCUCCCUUCGUCAAUGGGGUAAAUUACCUUCGGGAAGAUUAACGACCGAACAAGUUUAUAUUCAUGCAAAAGCAAUGAUCGUUGACGAUCGAUUGGCGAUUAUCGGAUCUGCGAAUAUUAACGAAAGAAGUCAAAGAGGUGAUCGUGACAGCGAAUUAGCAUGUGUCGUUCGGGACACGGAUAUGAUUGAUUCAACGAUGGCAGGAAAAUCGUACAAGGUUGGACGAUUUGCACACACUUUACGAGUUCGUUUGAUGAGAGAACACCUUGGCUAUGACGUUGAUGCUGAUGAGGUUCAAAGUGAUUCUGGUGAAAAGGAUGAUGAUAACCGUCAAUUAUUCAUCGAUCCACUUGAUUCAAAAUUCUUUAAAGAUCUCUGGGUAUCCUCUGCAACGCAUAAUACGCAAAUAUUCCGAAAAGUUUUCCGUUCAGU